AUGAUUGAUUUGCAAAAAUUUAUUUUAAAAAAAACAUUUAAAUUUUAUAGAAAUAUUAAUAAAAACUUAGCUCUCUUUUACAUAAAUUUGUUGUUUCACAACUUUAAUGAUGAUUUAAUAUUAGUUUUAAUUAAAACAUAUAAUAAUAUAUUAAAUAAAUACAAAAAAAAAAAAGUUGAUUUUUACGAUGAAUAUUUUAUGAUUUUUAAUUAUGUAAUUUUUUCUUAUUUCAAUUUUUUUUCUUCUGAAUUAGACUUGAAUAAUUCUCUUCUUUUUGAUAUUUUCCAUGAUUUUAACAUAAAAUGUUUAAAAAAUGGCAAAAAAAAAAAAAAAAAAUUUCCAGUAAACCUAUAUUAUAAUAAAAAGAAACCUAAAAAUGAAAAUCGUAUUAUAAAUUAUAGUAUUUCGUAUGAAAAAAAUGUAAAUAAUUUAAUAGAAAGAGAAAAUCAUCAAAAGUUAAGAAAAGAAGACAAAUAUAUUAAUGGUGUACUAAAAAAAAAUAACUAUUAUAAUGAAAAUUAUUGUCCUUACAGGAAUACAUGCCUUAAAUAUAGUGAUUAUCAUGAAAAUAGCAUUUAUGAUUAUAGGAAUAUUCUUCAACAUAGACAAAAUAAUGAUUAUAAUAAAAAUACAAGUGAUCGUGAUGAAUCCACUUAUUAUAUAAAUAGAGAAAUGGAGACGUUUUCUCUAAAAGAAAAACUAUUAGAAAAAAAUAUUUUUCAUUUAUCAGAAGAAAUAUAUCUAAAAAAAAAAAAUUUAAUUAAAGAAUUGAAAAAUUUAUAUGCUCAUGUAUACUAUUGGAAAUACUUAAUUGAAUUACAAGUGAAAUGUAACAGGAAGAGUGAUAUAGAUGAAAAAAAUAUUUACAUAGAUAUUUACAAAAAUAUUUACAAUUUAUUUAAGCGCAUGAAUGAAAAAAAUUGUGAAAAUUUAGAGAUACUUAAUGAAAAAAAAGAAGAAUUGUCAAUUACUCAUAAUAAUGAAAUGGAGAACAUUAUAAAUGAAAAUAAAAUAAAUAAGAAAAAUGGGGACUAUCAACAAAAAAUUAACAACAUGGUUUAUAAGCACAUAGCCGAAAAAAAAGCUUUAGAUAGACAUAUUGAGCAUGAAUUAAAUAUAAUGCAACAGAUAAACUUAAAAGAAUAUAAAGAGAAUAUAUUUUAUAUUUUUAAUAUUAUUGGUAACAAUGAAAAUAUUUUAUCAUUACCCCCUUUGCCUAUAGAAGAAAAAGAAAAAGAAAAGAAACUUAUCAGAAGCCAAACUAAUGAAAUAGAAAAUACAAGAGAGUUCUUUGAAAAUGAUAAAGAUUAUAAAUGUAUAAUAAAAUCCUUUAAUUUUUCUUAUCUAUAUAAAUUAAUUAAGAGUAGAAUAAAUAUUUACAAUUAUUUGAAUUUUCAAGUUAAGAACUCCCUAUAUGAUGUAUUAAAUAUUUCUAUAAUAUUUAGUUUAGGAGAACCUUUUAAUAUAUUUGAACAAGGUAAUAAAAAUAAUAUUGAAUUUAAAAAAAAAUUUUUAAAAACAUUAAGCAAUACUUAUAACAUUUAUUAUGUUUAUAAUUAUGAAAAUAAAAUUUAUGAAAAAGGAAGUUCUUCAAUUAACAUGAAAAAUGAUAAAAAUAAUUUAAGUAAAAGAAAUUGCUCUAAAGAUAAACUAGAUAUUUUCAAUAAUGAUAAAAAAAAAAACAUUAAUAUAAAAAAAAAAGAUAUACAAAUUAUAAUAAAAGAGGAAGAACAAAACAAUACUACUUAUCCAAAAUACCAAGAUUCAAAAUAUUUUGAUGAAAAAGGAAACUUUAAAAAUAGAAACUUAAAAGAAGAAAAAAACUUUUUUAACAUGAGCUAUUGUAGUACUUAUAAGUUUUUAAAAGAAAACUCUGUUAGAUUUUUAAAAAAGAAAAUUUUAAAUACUAAAUAUACAAACAUAAAUACAAGCAAAUUGUGUAUAAAAGAUAAAAAAUUAAAUGCUCUUAUUAUAUAUAUUAAUGAGGAUUUUAAUUAUCAUAAAGAAAAUGUUUACAAAAAUCUAUUAAAUAUUAGUAUAACGAAGACAGAUUUUAUUUUUCCUAAUUUAAAAGAACAGUUAAAUAUUUUCAAUGACUUUAAAAACAUUACCUCAUAUAAUUAUUUACUUAAUAUGAAAAAUAAAAACAAAAUAAAAAAUUUUGAUGAAAAUAAAUUUUUUAGAAUUAAUGAAAAUUGUUCUUAUUUCAGCCUUGGGAAUAUUAUCAUAACAAGACAUAUGAAUCUAAAUAUAGCAAUGAAUGAAAUAUCAAACAAAAAGAAAAACAAAAUAAAUAUGAAUGAAAAAAAUGGAAAUAAAAAAAAUAUAGAUAAUUCUAAAUAUAAAAUUAAAACUGAAAAUAACUUUAAUUUAAGUAGAAUUAAUAAUAACAUACCACAAAUUCCUAUUUCUGAAAAAUUUAGAAAAAAUGACAAUAAUAGUAUGGAAAAUAAGGUAUUUAAUUCAAAUAUAAAUUAUGAAAAUAAAUGUGAAUUUUAUAAAAAAUUUUUAAAAAAAAAAAAAAAAAAAAAUAUACACAUAGACAUUAUUUUUCAUGUAAUAAUACCAAAAAACAUAAAUAGAAAAAGUUUUAAAAUAAUUCUCUUUUCUUUAUUUAAAAUUCUAGAUUUAUGCAAAAUGUAUAAUAUUUACUCAUUAAAUUUUUCUCUUCCAUAUGUACAUAAUAUUGUUUAUAAAAGUAAAAGGCCUGCUAUUUACUCUUUUAUAUAUUCUUUCAUUUUUUCAGUUUUAGAAUAUAUAAAAAAAAGUUCAGAGUCAUCCAGCAAUAGUAUAAAGAUAUUUCAUUUUAUUUUUCCUCAUUUAAAAUUUUACGAAAACAAAUAUUACACAAAAAACAAAUAUAAUGAUAAUAAAAAAUCUAAUAAUCUUACUAGUUAUAAUUUUUCUAACACAAGCAAUUUAAAAGUUGAAAAAAAUAAUCUUGAUAAUAUUAUAGAAUAUAAGAUGAAUGAAAAAAAAAAAAGUUACAAAAAAAUAUCUAAUGUAACAACUUUUAUUGAUAAAAUAAUAGUUAGUUUAAAAGAAAGAUAUAUUUUAAUUGAAAGUAUAUGA